AUGGGAAUCCGCAACUCAAUCACGGGGUCGCUCAAAGCCCACAAGGCCACCAAGAAGGCUCAGGCCGAGGCAAGCUCUGCGAGCACCACGGUACUGCGGACUUCCUUGCUCGAGGGCACGGUCGGGGUCAUCACCGGGGCCGAUAGCGGCAUUGGUGCGGCAGCUGUACACAUCUUUGCCGCCGCCGGCGCCCAAGUCAUCUACGCCAUUGACAUCAAGGAUCGCAACCUCUUCAACUACGAUGCGGAGGUCAAAGCAAAGGGCCUCAAGACGGAUGUGUUCGGCGUCACAGUCGACAUUUCAGACGACAAGGAGGUGGAAGCACUCGUGAGGCGCGUGAUCAAGGAACAGGGCAAGCUGGACUGGUUCUUUGCGAAUGCCGGGGUCAUCGAUUGGGAAGCAUUACCGACAACGGCGCCUGCGGUUCUGGACCGCGUCAUCAACGUCAAUGUUCGCGGCACAUUCAACUGCGUCCAGUGGGCGACCAGGGCGCUCGUCACAACAAGUGAAGCCAAGCCGACGGCGGGAGGCAGCAUUGUGGUCACAACAUCACUCGCCGGCUCAUCAGGAUCUUGGGGCACGCCAGCAUACACAAUGUCCAAGCACGCAGCCAUCGGCCUCGUAAGGUCGACAGCGGCAAACUUGAUCAAGGCUGGGAACACCGGCAUUCGAAUCAACGGUGUGGCCCCCGGCCCGACUCUCACCCCUAUCGGCCAGAACAACUUGACCCUCAGCACAAUGUCGGGCCAAGCCAGGAUGGCGGUUCUCUCCGCAUCAUCAAAGAUCACCGACGAGUCUCUCUCAUGGUCGUGCACACCAUCGGAGAUUGCCCAGACAGCACUGUUCCUGAUCUCCGACCAAGCUUCAGGCAUCAACGGCCAGAACGUCAUCGUGGACAAGGGCUUGAGCGAGGCGCCACACGACAUGGGCGGCCUGUUGUUCAAGCCAGUCUUUGAGCCUCUGUAG